UCUUAAUGCCUGUGAAUGCUGAUCUCAUGCCCUACGCAACAACCUGGCACUCAGUCUUUUUGCCGCAGGUGAAAACUUUCCCUGGCGGUCCGAGACGCACGACACGCACAGCAAAGUGUCCGCCUCCCCGCGAACAGCUCAGGAAUAAUAACACGAUGCCCAUAUCCCAGCUAAACAGCUGCCUGGCGACCCCCCAUGCUCGCCCCGCAGUAGCUCUGCCUCGCAGCAAGCUCUCUCUCCAUGGUGCCUCUUCUCUUGGUGAGGCCUUUUCGUCCCCCUCCUCAUCCUGGGCGGGUUCACCGACAGCGAGUCGCAUCCUGAUCUUGAUCUUGGCCAGGCAUGCCCGGUCGAUGGAGCGUCCCAUGGAGAGGAUCACGGCAUGGUUUGGGCCUUGCGAGUGGAGCUCUGUUGGUGCGGGCCUUUCGGCGUCCGGAGGGCCACCAGGAGAGGGCCUGUGGGAACCUGUACUUUGAGCGUCCAAGUGCCGAAGCGCCGCAAUGUGCGGGAGUUCGGGCGUCCCGCUAUGGUCGUGGGAUGCUGCAACAUGGAGGAGAGUGUGAUGUGUGAUGGCAGUGAGACGGCGUAGGUAUUACGUCGUACUGUCGGCUUCUCCACCAACGGCAUAUGCAGAAGGCCUGCUUUGUGCUUUGCUUGAGCAUCUCAUGUUCAC